UCUCCUGACGUAAUCACGCAGGAGCGGAUCGGCGAAGAUGGCGGACCGGCCAGUUCCAGUCGCAGAGAAGCGCCUGAUGGACGUGAAGCUGGGAGAGCUCUCCCGCUGGGUUUCUGCGCGGGAUUUCACUCCCAAUGGUGUUCUGGGUGCUUUACGGCGAGGCCGCGAUCGGUACUACAACAAGUACAUCAACGUGAGACGAGGUGGUAUUGGUGGAGUGGCCAUGCUGCUGGCUGGCUACGUUGUGAUCAGUUACAUCUGGGAGUACGAUCACCUCAAGCACGAACGCUGGAGGAAAUACCACUGAACCCUGGGGGAUCACAGACCUUCUCGCUCGCUGUAUUUAUGGAGCUGUCUACAAGCACAACUUUGAGUUGUAAUCCUGGAAAAUAAACUAAGGACCAGUUUGAAGGCAAAA